AUAAAUAAGACCCGGCCACACGAACAGGAAGCGAGGAGAUUCUCAUGGCGCCCGACUAGAAUGAAGCUACAUUUUCCUCUAACCAAUGCCUGUGCUAUUUAGCGCCGCUACGUUUAAGGACACGUAUCUACUCGCAAAUACACGUAUUGAUGGAUUCCGAGGAGAAUGAAGUGGAAAGCAGCAGCGAUGCAGGCCCCUCGGGCAUGGAGGAACCGUCCGAAAGCGGCAUGGGCAUGGAGUCUUCGGAGGCCAUGUCGGCCGACAGUAGCGACGCUGCCUCCUCUCACGCGCAGCCGCCCGAGUCAGACUGUCAUGUGGGACAGAGCUCCGAGGGACUCGUGGUCUUCAUCCCAGAGACCAGCUCUAGCACGGACGUGCGCGUGUCCUCGGUUCACCUCCCGGACUCCUCCUCGGUGGCCCAGUCCACCAGCGUCUCCAGCGUGUCCACGGUGACUCAGUCGGUGCUUGUGUCCGAGUCGGCUCAAGUGCUCGUUCACUCCAGCGCCACGUCUGAAGGAGCCAUGAUUGUGUCUGACUCCACUGCCUCUACCUCAUCCGACCUGGGCUCGGCCAUUGACAAGAUCAUCGAGUCCACCAUUGGCCCUGACAUCAUGAACGGUUGCAUCGCUGUAACCAGUGCAGAAGACAGGGAUGCAGAACCAACCCAAUAUCUCAUACUACAAGGUGCUCCCAUGGUAGCCCAUAUGUCCUCCUCGGCUUUGUCCAAUCGCAUAGCCAUCGAAGCACUUUCUGAGGGUCCCACGUCAACCUGUCUGGACCAGGGAGACAUGCAGAGAAGCCUGGAGCCCGAUCAGCCCGACGACCAGCCCGGCCACUCUGGCUACCCAGAAGACAGCAGCAGUCAGCCUGAUCAGCCCCAACACUCUCACCCCUCCCAGUACAUGGACUGCAGUGCUGAUGGCCCUGACCAAACAGGGGAGUCCUCACCUUCCUUUGCGGAGUGUUCUGAAGAACCUGACCAGACGCGCUCACAGUCGAGCUUUCCCGACUACAGUGGCGACAACAGCAACCAGGACCUGCCCGGAUAUGUUGAAUGCAGCAAGGCGGAUUCAAACCCCACUAGUCGGGGGAACUAUGUGGUGGAGUGCAGUGCCGGAUAUCUGUGCGCUGUGGAUGAGGGAGAGCGGCUGCAUCAUUCCCGCGCCUACAUCGACAGCAGUGCAGAUCACAAGACGCAGACGAGCCGGCAGUACACCGCUGAAUAUGCCGGCGUCGCAGCUCCCGAUUCUGAGGAACCCGGAUGUUCCCGGUAUCAAGCGCGGGACGACGAUGAUGACGAGCAGAACCAGGAUCCCGAUCAGCCACAGCAGCAGCCCCAGCAUUCAUGUUACACUGAGAACAGCAACGGCCCUGACGCAUCCCUCUAUACUGACGACAGCUCCUCGUCAGACCACCCUGUCGCCGACACUGCAGAUUCAGGGGGUGUCCCAGAGGCAGCGGAGGGUAGCGAGAGCCAGCCGGGGCCCUACAUCAGCAGCAGUGGCACCUACAUCUCCAACCCCGAGCCCGAUGUGGCACCGCAUUGCUCAGCCAGCCGAGAUGAACCUCGGCAGGAAGAAGCCGCCCCGGGCCAGGAAGUGGACGCGUCGGUCGUGGCUGAAGGCUCCAGAGACCGGGCGCCCAACCUGGCUGAACUGGAGGAGAUGAUGGAAGUUGUGAUUGUGCAGCAGUUCAAGUGCAAAAUGUGUCCAUACAAGAGUGUCUCCAAAGACACACUGAUUAACCACAUGAGGGACAAGCACUUCAAACCUGCAGGGGGUUUGCAAACGAAGCGGAAGCGUGGACGACCUCCCAAAAGCACCGUGCCAGCCCUUCGGCUGGCGGAACAGGGGGAGGAGGCGGUGGCAGAGAGGAAAGCAACGCAGGCGAGGGUGUCCGCAUCCCAUCAGGCUCAAGAGGAUGGAGACCAGGAAGAACAGAUUCCAGAUGCUGGUGCUCUCGAUGAUUCUGAAGAGGACAGUAACUACAACCCAGCUGAAGAGGACUGCCGCGGAAGACUACCUGCCAUUUUGAAAAAACACACUCCUCCGAUAUCUUCCUCCUCUCAAGCCCGCCCCCGGCGUAGAGUUGGUCGGCCGAGGAAAUACAACCUUCUGGAAGAGGAUGACAACAGCCAAGUCACAGAAGCGGAGAGUUUAGCAAAAAAGCCGAGAGUGAAUGCCGACCCGAGUGCCACAGACGAGGCGAGCACCUCGGGGUUAGACAAUGAUGGGGUUGCGCCGGUGGCCGAUGAGGACGCGGCGGAGGCGGUGGUGAGCCUGUCCGACUCGGAGAACAAAGACCCCUCGUCCAACUCUCAGCCUGAUGAGUCCUUUGAGAGAAAACGAGGCCGUCCCUCCAAGUGCUUUCUUCGCAAGAAGUACAAGAAGCAUUUGAGUCGCAAUCGGUACUACAAAUCCCUCAAGCCUCUGCUGAGACCUCACAACUGCUGGAUCUGCGGUUCGCGCUUUCUCACGCAGGAAGAUCUGCGCUUCCACGUAGACUCCCAUGAGGGAAACGAUCCGGAGCUCUUCAAAUGCCUCCAGUGCAACUAUCACUGCAAGCGCUGGUCCUCGCUCAAGGAACACAUGUUUAACCACGAAGGUACGAAGCCUUUCAAGUGUGAGAAAUGUGAAUACUCGAGUGUUUACAGGAAAGAUGUCGUUCGUCACUCCGCAGUUCAUAACAAAGAAAAGAAAAAAAAGACAGAAGUGCAGGUGGUGACUGUAUCUGAGUUCCCGUGUCCUGUGUGUCGGAAAGUUUAUACCAUGCAGAAGAGACUGACUCAACACUUGAAGACCCACAGCGCAGAGAAGCCGCACAUGUGCGAUAAGUGUGGCAAAUCCUUCAAGAAGCGCUACACAUUCAAAAUGCAUCUCCUGACGCACCUUCAGAGUGUGGGAGACAGCAGUUUCAAGUGUGAGUUUUGUGACUACACUUGCGCCAACAAGAAGCUGCUGCUCAACCACCAACUGUCCCACACCAGCGACCGACCCUUCAAGUGCGACUACUGUAAAUACACAACCUCCAAAGAGGAAUUCCUGGUGUCCCAUCUGGCCAUUAAGCACACAGGAGACAAGCCCUUUGCCUGCAGUAUGUGUCACUUCGGGACCAAACACCGCAAGAAUCUUCGGCUCCAUGUGCAGUGUCGUCAUCCGGAAGCUUUCAACGAGUGGUCCAUCUCGCAACCGGCUGUAGAAGCCAAGACACGCCGCAAGCCUUUCUUCGCCCUGCAGCACGUGGAGGAGCUAAAACAGCAACACGAGGAUGGAGCGCAAGUUUUGCCAAAUGCCAUCGUUUCACUGGACCCUGUAGCUCUUCAAGCUAUUCAGGGGAUGGGAAAUGCUUCUGUGUCCCAAGAUGCACUGGGAAACACCACCAUCAUCUAUGAACAAGCUGAAUCCGGUGAGCUCUCCGCCCAGAAUGCCCUGAGUCUGCUGCUGAAUAUGAGCAACGCCCGGGAAUUGGUUGGAAACGCCUUACAAGUGGCUGUGCUCAAGUCAGAUGGCAGCGCUGAGGUCAAAGCGCUAGAGAAGGAAACAUGGAGCGCGGUGUCGGCGGCACCGGGCCAGGCCCACAAGGUCGUCACCGUCCACGUGUCCGAGAACGGUGAGACUGUUCUGCAGGAGGCCUAUGCGGCCGAGCCGGAAGAAAUCGCUCAGAUCGCCAUUGAAACCUACGCUGACGAUGGGGAGUUCAAUGUGGUGGAGCAGGUGCAGGUGACAGAAGAAGUCCAAAGCUCUGAGUGCAGAGAGUCAAUUCAGGCUGUCCCCCCCCCCAGUCCUGAGAAGAAUGACCAGGUUCAAGCUGCAGAGGCGCAGAACCUGAAAAGUGACAAGUUCUACCUGGCUUCGGGGCUGCCUGAUGGUGUUCUGCAACAGGUGGAGCUGAGCAGCGAAGCGCCUGCCUCUCCUCCUGCGGUGAGUGUGCCCAGCAUCAGUGCCAAGAAGUUCUCCUGUCGCAUAUGCAUGGAGUCUUUCCAAUGCCGCUCGGACAUGGAGAACCACAAGCGGGCGCACUUGGAUCCAAAUACAUUCAAGUGCCCCGACUGCGCCUUCACCUCUGGCUCCUGGCCCGAGGUUAAGGCUCACAUGGAGCUACACUCGUACUUGCGGCCUCACAAGUGCCCCAGCUGCAGCUUUGCCUCCAAGAACAAGAAGGACCUGCGCAGACACCUGCUCACACACACCAACGAAAAGCCAUUUUCUUGCAAACUUUGUUGCCAGAGCUUCAAUCGCAACGGUCACCUCAAGUUCCACAUGGAGCGUCUCCACAACCAGGAGCAGACCACCACCGCCACGCGCAAGAGCCGCGCCGCCGCAUCCCAGCAGACCAUCAUAGUCAACAGUGACGAGGAAGCACUUGCGACGCUGCAGUCCCUGCAGGCCCACCAGGCAGUCAUCAGCCCAGAACAGCUGCAGGCUCUCAGUCAAGAGCACAUCAUCGUGGCCCAAGAUCAGUCCCUAACAGACCAGGAGGAGGGCACCUACAUACAGCAGAUCACCACCAUUGAUGGGCAGACGGUCCAGCAUCUUAUGACGGGAGACAACCAGGUCACUGAGGUGCAGUACAUCAUCUCCCAGGAUGGCGUGCAGCACAUAAUCCCGCAGGAGUACGUUGUGCUAGCAGACGGCAAUCACAUCCAGAUGCCAGAUGGACAUAUCAUCCAGUACGAGCAUGAAGAUGGAGUCUUUCUCCAGGAGCAGCAGAUCGCAGUCAGCACUGACAGUUCGAUCCAGUACCUGCCCGCUGCCUCGGAACAGCAAGACCUGGAGGCCACCGCCCACUCUGCCGUCACAGAUGCGGCAGUGAUGGCGCAGACCCAGGCGCAGGCACAGUUGCAAGCAGUCUACACGGAAGCCACGCCUGAGCAACUGGAAGAACUACAGCAGCACUACGAUGUCAUUACCUUCACCGCUGAGUAGCUAUACAGCGCGACCUACACUAACAAAUAAGUACCAAUACUUAAUUUACGAUGGAACAUGAUUAAAAUGUGGUAAACUGAUGUAAUUUCCCCCUCUUUUCCUUGAAAAUAAUCAAAUAAUGUUAGCUUAACACAUUUUAAUCAUGUGCAACCAAUGACCAUUUUCAAAUUAAGUAAAUUCAAAGGACUUUUUUUUUCAUUGUACCUGCUUUGUCAUCCACCUCAUCUGUAUUUAAAUUAUCUCAACAAUGUCACCCGAAGAAUGACUUGCAAAAUAUACUGAGCAGAGUUUAUGAAUGUUUUCCUUUGGGGAGAAAAGUGACUUGUUUAUUUAAGUUUAUUCAUUGUUAGAAUGCCCAAAAGAAUGUUUAUAGAAAACUUGUACAUAACUUUUGUUUUUGUUUUUUGUCUUCUGGUGAAUCUCAAGUGUUAAAUAAGCUAAUAGCUGACACCAAAUAAAUCACUUUGUUUAGCUUAAGAAGAGCUUGUGAAUUUAUAUGUUUGACAUGGAUUUUAGAAAAUACAGCUCUGGAAAAAAACUGAGACAAAAAAUACACUAGAACCUGGUUAGUAUUUUGACCAUUCUCGAUGACAGUAUUUGUAUUUGGAAAUUGGAGUUAUGUUCUCGUUGUCAGUAGUUUAUAGAAUAAAACCAAAAUUAUACUCAAACAUGUACCGGAAAAUAGGAAAAUCCGAGAAAAUGAUAAUUUUGUGGUGGUCUCUAAAUUGUUUUCCAGAGCUGUAUACAUGCAAUCACAUUUUUCUUUUUCAUUCACGUGCUUGUGUCUGCUCAACUGAUUUGUUCACAAAGCGAUACAGUGGCACUUUGACUUACGAGUUGAAUUCCUUCUGUGACCAUGCUUGUAACUCGAAUCACUUGCAUCUCAAAUCAACUUUUCCCAUUGGCAUCAUUGGAGAAUUUUUUCGGUAAGGUUUUUUUAAAUAACUAUUUGUUUUUUCAUGAAAAACAUACAGUGGUAACAUAAUAAAAUAGAGUGCUUUUUUUUGCAUCACUUUCAGCGAA